GCAGGUGGCCCUUGACGUUCCCUGACGCAUCAGCCUACAACUUGUCUCAUUAAUUCUCUUUCUACAUCAUCAACGCUAACGGCCAUCCUCUUCUUUUACAUCGUCCCAAGAACCCUUUUCCUUUGCACAUCGCACCCAUCUACAUUAAAUCUAUCCUAAGAUUGUCCAUCGAUUCCAACCUGCUUAUCGGCGCCUAUUUAAUCCUUUAGUCCAUCUUGUUGUCUCGUUUAAGGCAGCUCGCUCAUCCCCGUCAAGAUGAAUCCUGAGUAUGCAUACCCCACGAUUUUUCCUGUAUUUUCCUAUCUUCCUUCUUCAGCAUGAACCAACCAGGCCCCCAACCAAAAUACCCGAUGUUGCAUUAAGAGCAGAGCAUCGCAACCUCGUCAACCAUGGAGCCCUACCACACUCCCCAGAUUUCUGGUCUCCAGCCACAAAACCAAGCCAAGCUACGCGAGGUUUUAAGUUCCCAAGGUUACCCGCUAACUCGCCCUCUCGAUAGAUACGAUUACCUCUUCAAGCUCCUCCUCAUCGGAGAUUCCGGUGUCGGAAAGUCUUGCCUUCUGUUGCGAUUCGCCGAUGAUACCUACACCGAGUCGUACAUCUCAACCAUCGGUGUUGACUUCAAAAUCCGAACUAUCGAGCUUGACCAAAAGACAGUGAAGCUGCAGAUUUGGGAUACUGCUGGCCAAGAACGAUUCCGGACUAUCACUUCCUCCUACUACCGAGGUGCUCACGGCAUCUGCGUUGUCUACGAUGUCACCGACAUGGACAGCUUCAACAACGUCAAGCAAUGGCUGCAGGAGAUUGACCGAUACGCUACCGAAGGUGUCAACAAGCUGCUUGUAGGCAACAAGAGCGAUAUGACGGACAAGAAGGUUGUCGAGUACACAGUUGCCAAGGAGUUUGCUGACAGCCUUGGCAUCCCGUUCCUCGAGACCUCGGCCAAGAACGCUUCCAACGUCGAGCAAUCUUUCUUGACCAUGGCCCGACAAAUCAAGGAGCGCAUGGGAACCCAGUCUACCACGAACACCAAGCCUGGCGUUCAAGUCGGUCCCGGACACAGCGUUUCCAACUCGUCCAGCGGCGGCUGCUGUUAAAUCAGCAAACUAUGAUACCCUCGUACAGCAACAUCCUCGCAUCCAUUUUGAUUUCCUGGGACGGACUGGCAGGAAAGGCAUGCAUUGUGUAAUCAGGAUGGCAAGGGGGUAGGAUGUGUUUACUUUUCGCUUUUGAUUGCGGAUAGAUGAAAUGAUCACUUCACUUGGAUCCUACCUAAUGGCCAGAUGGUCCACCGAAUCGUUCUACGGAGACGCAAUGCGUCACUUCUGGCAUGUGAGAGCGGGUUCAUAUAAUGGUCGAGGAAAGGCUGUCAGCCUAAUUCUCCUCAGAUGUUACGUACUAAUGCGAUUUUUCUCAUGACUCGGGCGAAGCCUUCUUUGUACUAGAUUUUGUCCGGCUGCUUUCUAGAAACCUGGCAUUUCUGCGGUUUGGGAGAUGAUGAUUCUACGUUCGUGUGUAUUUUCCAAUGGUCUCAGAGGGGGGAAUCGAGAGAAACGACAGGGGAAAAACAGUCGACGUUUCCCGUUCUUUGUGACCUUACUCUCGUUUCUUUCCUCCGGUGUAACGUAUUCUUUGCAAAUCAGGGGGCUACUUAAUCAGACAGACUUGCGCAUAGGAAUUUGACUCUGCUUGUGAUGCUGAAU